AUGAUGAAUGUCGAUGAUGAAGGUAACACAAUGUACCGGAUUCGCGAAUUUAUUGAUCAUCAACGUGAUGGACGAGCAGUUAGAGGGGACGAUGGAUGGUAUACUACCUCCAACGGUCUCAAGCGUCCACGAAAGACAACUAAAGGAUGGAAAUUAUUAGCUGAAAUGAAAGGUGGAGAAACUGAAUGGCUUGAUCUAUCAGUAGCAAAAGAAGCGUUUCCUAUCAAGGUCGCUGAAUAUGCUGUUGCAAACAAGCUUGUGUCAGAGCCUGCCUUUGCGUGGUGGGUUCCCUACACUCUGAGAAAGCGUGAUCAAGUUUUGAAAGCUGGUAAGCGCCGUGCUGUGAAAAGACAGAAACCAGAAAAGUUUGGUAUCAAGGUGCCUUGCCCUGGGCCGAAAGGCGUUGCACGUGCGUAUGAACUUGAUGCUCAGAAUGGUACCUCACAUUGGAAUGAUGCCUUGAUCAAAGAGGUCAAAACAAUUCUACCAGCUCUGAAGAUUCUGGAAGAAGAUGAAGAUGUUCCGGUCGGAUACCAGCUCAUUGAGCUUAUGACUGUUUUUGAUGUCAAGAUGGACCUCACACGGAAGGCACGAAUAUGUGCUAGAGGGGACCAAACGGAUCCUCCAAGGUCUGUCACCUAUGCAAGGAAGGAGUUUGGAGAGUAUGCCGGGAAGAAAGCUAUCCUGGUUAAGGCCGUUUACGGACUCAAAAGUUCCGGAUUCGCAUGGAGGAGCCUCUGUGCAGACGUUUUGAAGGAACAAUUGGAGUUCCAACCAUGUCGUGGAGAUAUGGAUGUUUGGCGUCGUCCUUGUCAACGCAAAGAUGGUUUGAAGUAUUAUGAGUAUAUUUUAGUUUAUACUGAUGAUGUCAUUGCAAUCUCGGAGAAUCCAAAAGCGAUUAUGGACAAACUCAACAAUUUCUUUGUUUUAAAGCCUGACUUGAUAAAAGAGCCAACCACAUAUCUUGGUGCAACAAUCUCGAAGCACAAGUUGGAUGGUGAUGAUUAUUUCACCUGGGCUAUUGGAUCUGAAGCGUAUCUACAAGAGUCGUUACGAGUUGUCAAGAAACGAAUUGCGCCAAUGCAACUGACUUUGAAGAAAAAGGUUUACUCAACUCUGGAUACAAGCCAGAACUUGAUUCUACUCCUUUUGUUGAUGAUGACACUGCUAUUUUCUACAUGCAACUCAUCGGUAUUCUGCGCUGGCUUGUGGAACUUGGUCAAGCAUCCUGAUCGUGUACUUGUGAUGGAUUGUGGUUAUGCUGACCAUCUUAGACCAUUAAAGAAAGCUGAUUACUCACAGUUCUAUGAGUUCACUAAGGAUGAACUCCCAAGUGACAUGCCUACACCUCUUGGCAAAGCGGUAGAGUUCACUAUGUUUGUUGAUGCAUCUCAUGCUGCUAACGUUGUUACUCGUCAAUCAAGAACAGGAGUAUUGUUCUUUGUUAACAAAGCUCCUAUUAUCUGGUAUUUGAAAAAGCAAAACAGUGUCAAGACAAGCAGUUUUGGUUCUGAAUUUGCUGCUCUAAAGACAGGUGUUGAAUUACUUGAGGGACUACGAUUCAAGCUCAGAAUGAUGGGCAUUCCAAUCCAAGGUUAUUGUCAUACUUGUGUUGACAAUAUGUCCGUUGUCAAGAACUCAAGUGUUCCUGAAUCCCAAUUGAAAAAGAAGUCAAAUGCUGUCGCAUAUCACUACAUUCGCUCCAGAUGCGCAAUUGAUAUCCUACGAAUUGAAUGGAUCAUUUCCGCUGAGAACUUGGCCAACGUUUUAACCAAGAUCCAACCUGGAACCGUUUGUGACCGUCUUAUGGAACACAUCAUGUGGAAAGCAAAGCAAAAUGGAAAACUUGCUCUUCUGAUUUAA